GAUUAAAAUUAGCAUAACUAACGUUCUCGUGUCAAUCGAGAGUUAAAAAAAAAAAAAAAAAAGUGACAAAGCUCCUUUAAUUAAACUUUAAAAUAAAAAAAAAGGAUUUGAAUGGCACAGUUGCUGUAAUUUUCAGUGCAAAAAUGGCUUGCAUGAAUUUCAUCAUUUUAAAGGUUAACGGAAUUGAUGUUAGUAGUUUUCCGCAUGAGGAUGCUGUGCAAGUAUUUUUAUCGGCGCCCGAACCAAUUGUGGUAGAACUUAAACGGAGAACGCCCUCAAAUAGUGAUACGCAAAGUAGUUUGAACAGCAGCACAACCAGCUCGAGUCGAAGUAGUGAUUCGCCGACGAGUGAUCAUCCCGAUGAUGAAUGUUUGCCGCCCGAUAUUGACAUUGAGGAAAUCACCCUUCGCAAGACAAAAAGUGAAGAACGCAUCGGUCUAACUGUCAGUUACAGCUCCGCAAACGGUUCGGGCUCUGAUGACACCGAAACCUGCACCGAGGUCUUCAUCACAGACAUCAUUCCCGAAAGUGUUGCAUUCCGCGACGGGCGUUUGCGACAAGGCGAUCAAAUUUUGCAAGUAAAUGGGCGUGAUGUCACCACAAAAGACGAGACAGAGUCACUUUUCGCCGAAAAUCGGAAUGCUGUGACACUGCUCGUGAGUCGUUGUUUGUAUUCCGACGACGAUUUCUUCGAGGAAGAUUUUCCGCCUCCUCCGCCGCCCGAAGAAACGGCUGUAGAUCAAACAGAUUCGAAUCGCCUGUCGAACGGGAGCCUUAUUUUGUCGCAAGACGAUCCGUUGCAUCACAAAAACAUCAAAGCGCAAAUGGAGAUGAUGAAUCAGGAAAUUGCCGCCUUGGAUCAUCGUGUCGAAAAUGCAUUCCUCGUCAAGCACGAUCUUCAGACGUAUCGUCAACCCGUGGAUUCGAGUGACGGCGAUGCUUCCGUUGUCGAUCAAAAGUUGUCAAAACUCCAAAUUUCCUCGAACGGCAGAAAACCUCCGCAAUUUCCGCAUAUUCCGGCACCGCCUCCAAUUGACAGCGACACGGAACACAUUUACGAGACAAUUCCCGAAGACUCGGAGUCGGAGCCGAUUUAUUGUUCGCCCUACGAGUCGAGUGACCAAAGCAUCGUCGAACAAUGGCUCAAGAUGAAUGGCAUCAAUAACAACCAAAAGCAGGUUUUGUUGAAGAAAAUUGCCACAAAUGGCGGCACGGGAAUUAAACAAUCGCCGUCGCAAGAGACAAAAUCCUGGCAGAAAACGACAAAAAGUAACUCGAGUGGCGAAGAGCAUGAAAAUAGCUCGAGUGCUUAUAAUACGGGCGGGUCGUGCAACAGCAACAAUCAUCUUACGUUGGAGCUGAAUUUCAGUCCUGACAAGGAUAUGAGUCGAUCGACGAUGGUUUUGUGCCCGCAAAAGGAGGCGAAAGUGUCGCAAGAUGCCGCCAAGGAUUGCAAACAGUGCAUUAAGCAUCGCAGCAGUUCGAAGGAAAAGUCGCCGAAACACGCGAAAUCUUUUGUGAUGUCAAACUCUACAAGUCAAAGGUUAACUAGUCCAAGUGCGUCGAAUUUUGUGCAUCCACAGAGCACGUCGUUGCCUGGUACGCCAAUGUCGCCAACAGGCCCAGAUUUCAAAGAUAAAUUACCAAAAAAUAGUCUCAACUCGGCAUCUGUUGCUUCCUCGACGAUGUACACGAAUAUGGCAAAUCUCCAUCAAACGAUGCUCCUGCAGCAAAAAAUGUUCCGACAAGCGAUGGUGCAACAAAACACGAUGAGCAACACUAAACAUUACACGGCACCCAAUUUAAGUCAAUAUCAAUUCGUCAGUGGACAACAAACAUAUCGCACGAGUUUACAGCCCCGCACAAACGAAGAAAACAUGGUCUGGAAAGUGAAAAGACGUCAAGAUGGCACGCGUUACAUUGUUCGUCGUCCCUGCAAUCGCAGCAAAGUCUUACGGGAACGCGCCAACAAAAUCGCCGAAGAACGAAAUGAACUCACGACAGAAGAUGACACCGUUUCGGAGAUCAAACUCGGGCGUUUUUGGCCCAAAGAAGAUCGCAAAAAGCACUUGGAAAAGGCAAAAGAACGUCGAACGCGACAAGAAGCGAUGAUCGCUGCAAAAAAUCAACAAUUAGCGGAACAACAACAUCCCGCGACAAAUGGCCUACCGCCAACCAUUCCAAAGAGCAAAUCAGCAGAAACGCAUCGCAAGCCAUCGACGAUCAAGAGACAAACCAAAAAUGGAGAACCGGAAAAACCUCCUGCGUUACCGCCGGCAAAUGGAACUGUCAAAGGAGGAAUUUUGUCAGUGACAACCGUGUAAAAAAAAAGAUCUUUUUAAAAAAACUCAAAGAGUUGCAAGAAAAAAAAACAUAAAUUUUAAUGUGAUAGAAAAGUAGAAGAUAAACUUUGUUGUCUAUAUAGGACCGUUAUUUAUAGGAAAAAAAAAAUAAAAUAAAUAAAAAUUACUUAGAUGAGAUUCCUUCAAAAUCUCAAGAAAAAGUGGUUAAUGUACUGUAUAAAUAAAUAUUUAAAAGAUUUUUGCUACAAUUAAAAUAUCAAAAAAAAAAUU